CUCUGUGUUCUAGGUCAGAUCAGACAUUCUGUCACAAUGCCUGAAAUAAAUACCAGCCAUCUUGAUGAAAAGCAGGUCCAGCUUCUAGCAGAGAUGUGUAUUCUUAUUGAUGAAAAUGACAAUAAAAUUGGGGCUGACACUAAGAAAAAUUGUCACCUGAAUGAAAACAUUGACAAAGGAUUAAUACAUCGAGCUUUUAGUGUCUUCUUGUUUAAUACUGAAAAUAAGCUCCUGCUACAGCAGAGAUCAGAUGCUAAGAUUACCUUUCCAGGUUGUUUCACCAAUAGUUGUUGUAGUCAUCCAUUAAGUAACCCAGGUGAGCUGGAAGAAAACAACGCCAUCGGUGUGAAACGAGCGGCACAGAGACGCUUAAAAGCCGAACUGGGAAUACCCUUGGAAGAGGUUGAUCUAAAUGAAAUGAAUUAUCUAACAAGAAUUUACUACAAGGCCCAGUCUGAUGGUGUCUGGGGUGAACAUGAAAUUGAUUACAUUUUGUUUCUGAGGAAGGAUGUAACUUUGAAUCCGGAUCCCAACGAGAUCAAAAGCUAUUGCUAUGUAUCAAAGGAAGAGGUCAAAGAAAUUUUGAAGAAGGCAGCCAAUGAUGAAAUUAAGUUAACUCCAUGGUUUAAGAUUAUUUCAGAUGCGUUCCUCUUUAAAUGGUGGGAUAACUUAAACCAUUUGAGUCCAUUUGUUGACCACAAGAAAAUACAUAGAAUGUGA